GAGCUUCAUUUCGAUCUUGCAGCUGAACAAGUUUUAGAAUGGUCCGUUCAAGCAACAGACGUCAAAAGCUCCCAGUUCACGUCAUAAUGGUGAGGACAGAGUAGCGCUCAUGUCAUCCUUGGCGAAAAUUCUAUUUCACAUCACUUGUUGGCACUUCUCAUUCAGGACACACACACACACUCGCUUUUCAGCAGAUAGUUUACAUUUUUGUUACAUUUACAUCUUAAUUUAAUAUUAUUUUGUAUUUUAAGUUCAGGACGUUUUAUUACUGCAUUGAAAUAUAGCUCCUUUCUGGCAAUUGGACAUUUUGAGGUAGAAUGGAUUUACAAAGCCAGCUAAAUAAACUCCAAGCUGAAAACAAGGAGAUGAAAAAUAUGAUGCAGCAGCUCCUUACGGAACGCCAGAAGUGGAAUCAGAACACCAGGACCCAGACCUGCACCUCGGCAUGUUCUCAGCAUCAGCUGCUUUAUCCACAUCUCCAUCCUCAUGCUCUGCCCGUGCCCCCGCCAGCCGGCAAUCCCACGAUGCCUUGCAGCUCACUUGUGCGCCGCAUAAAGCAGGCCUUCAGGGCCAGUGUGGCAUCUGGCCAGCAGGAGGUGCUACCCCCCAUACCCCCUGCACCCCACAGCAGCAGCAGUCUGCAGACCUCGGAGCCACCUGCUCUUCCUCCUCCAGCUCUUCCUUGCCUGCGGUUGUCCAGGGCGACCCGGCCCUGCUGCAACUGUUGCUAGGCGAAGGAGUGUCAUCCUUUUUUCAAAACCAGGGUGCCCCACGUCCCAGAGGCAGGAAAAACAUGGCAGGCCUUGACCAUGCCCAUCCACUGGAGCCACUCCCCCAGAAAGCAGCUCCUGGUGGUGUUGCCAACGGCAGCAGUGUCUCCAUGGUACCCUACCCGCCUGUUUUCACCAAAGCGACUGCCGUCAACCAGAAGAAGGCCAAGAAAAUCAAGGCCAGGCUCUGUGUCAAAGCUCUUCAAGAUGCUGGACUGAAAAACAAGGACAACAAAAACAACAACAGUGGGCAAAAUCCUUAUGAGUGCAUGCUGGAGUCCGUGAAUAUCCUGAAGGAGCGGAUCAGUCAGGAGGCCCUGAGUGUCGCUGAAGAAAUCAGACCCACAAGUCUCCGUGGCAAUAGUGCCCUCAAACGCUCUGUCAGCAUCUGCACAGGCAGCUCGGCGGGUAGCCACAGCCCUGUGGACAUCAGGACCCCGUCGGAGCGGCAAACUCUGCCCUUGCUCAGGACCCCGCCUCUUCCCACCGCCCCCGCUGUCCCCACCCCCCACAGGCAACCAAUAGCGGACAGUUCCGCAGUAGACUGCCCUGCAUCAAGAAGACAGCAUCAUGCAGUAUAGCUACUGCUGUGGAAGAGCAAAAGUCCGUUGAGGCCCUGUCAGGGAGGAAUAAGGGAGCAAGGGAGCUGAAGGAGGUGAAGAUGAAAGUGAGAGAGAGGCAGAGCGAGCCAGAAGGCCAAGGAACUCCCAGAGCUGGCCAAACUACCCCCCCUGCCCUGCCCAGAGCAGGCCCUCCUGCAGGCCUUCAGGUUGCUCAGCGUCGAUGACUGGGAGAAGAAGAUCGAGGGCCUGACCUCCAUCAGGUCUCUGUCUCAGCACCAUGCUGAGCUGCUGCUGCCCAGACUGCAUGACCUGUGUCUGGCUGUCACUCAAGAGGUAAAGAACCUGCGCUCCAUGGUGUCCCGCACUGCCAUAGUGACCCUGGCCCACCUGUACGCUCAUCUGGGGCGGGGCAUGGAUGCGGAGGUAGAGGGCACCACCCGGGCGCUGCUGCAGAAGGCAGGAGAGGCCAGCGGCUUCAUCAGGGAUGAUGUGGAGCUGGCGCUGGGGUACAUGGUGGUCAAUGUAACACCCUCACGCAGCAUGAACGCUCUCAUCAACACAGGAGUCAGGCACCGUAAUACAGCCGCGAGGAAGAGCACUGCUCAGCACCUGGGGAGACUGGCGGAGGUCAUGGGGUCGUCACACCUCCUGUCUGGGAAAAAGGACCUGACUGAACGCUUCAUCCAUGCCAUCUGCUGCCUGGCUGUUGACUGUGCACUGGAAGUCAGGUGAGAGCACUACUUCCUUUUUUAAAUAACCAACCAAUCAGCUCUUUGAAUUAAAAAUAUAAUGAUAUACAUUAUCUUUUAGGAGGAAUCCCAACCUAAUCUCCUGUCAUACAGCAAUACUGAAUAGAAUUUUCUGUCGGUGUAUAAGUUUGUCUUUACCACUGUUAAAAAUAUUGUGAAGAAUUAGUGGAUUCGAUAUUCAGGAAAUAUUUGUUCUGCACAGUGCAUACAUUU